UUGAUAAAACCCGCACCCAAAGAAAAACCCAGAAAAGCUUUGGGCGUGAAAAUGGCUGUGGAGAUGGGGUGUAUGUGGAUGAGGCGCAUACUGAGACCAAACCCUCUUCCUCUGUUAACUCCUUCGCCUCCCAUGGCGAUUCCGCUGCAUGAAAACCCAAUUCUUAACACUUCCCUUAAACCACAACCUAACCUCCUCCAUCUUUUCUCUUCCACUCACCGUCGUUCGUUUUCAACAUCCACUGCUCCUUCUCGACCAGGUCCUGUUGUUUCCUUCGAUGACGAUUCCUCUGAUUUGGGUUGCUUUGGAGGCGGUGAAGAUAUUGGAAUUUCAGAGGAGAGCACAAAGGUGCUUCUCAAGGGCAUGAAAUAUACUGAGCUUGAAAAAUGGGUCCAAUCACAUGGGUAUAGGCCUGGCCAGGCUUUAAUGCUGUGGAAACGAAUGUAUGGGAACGGCAUCUGGGCACAUCACUGUGAAGAGUUAGAAGGUUUGAAUAAAGAUUUUAAGAAAAUGUUGAGUGAGAAUGCAGAAUUCAAGGCAUUAUCCUUGAAGAGAAUACUCACAGCAUCUGAUGGAACUAAGAAGAUUUUAUUCACGUUGAAAGAUGGAUUGGUAAUAGAGACUGUUGUCAUACCUUGUGAUAGAGGCCGUAAUACUGUUUGCGUUUCGAGUCAAGUGGGUUGUGCUAUGAAUUGUCAGUUCUGCUACACUGGCAGGAUGGGUUUAACGAGACAUCUGACUGCUGCUGAGAUAGUGGAGCAGGCUGUGUUUGCGAAGCGGUUGCUCACUAGUGAAGUUGGUUCAAUUACAAAUGUUGUAUUCAUGGGAAUGGGAGAACCACUUCACAACAUUGACAAUGUCAUCCAAGCUGUAGAUAUAAUGGUGCAUGAGCAAGGCCUUCAUUUCAGUCCUCGCAAGGUCACUGUUUCAACAAGUGGGCUUGUACCCCAGCUGAGGCGUUUCCUUCAUGAGUCUAACUGUGCUUUGGCUGUUAGUUUGAAUGCAACAACAGAUGAGGUCAGGAACUGGAUUAUGCCAAUCAACCGGAAAUAUAAAUUAGCACUGCUUCUUCAGACCCUGAGGGAGGAGCUUCAAUUCAAGCAUAACUACAAAGUACUAUUUGAAUAUGUAAUGCUUGCAGGUGUUAAUGACAGCAAUGAGGAUGCAAGGCGGCUUAUUAAUCUUGUCAAGGGCAUUCCGUGCAAGAUCAAUCUCAUCUCAUUCAAUCCUCAUAGUGGCUCCCUGUUCAGACCUACCAGUGAUGAGAGAAUGAUCGAGUUUCGAAAUCUUUUGGCCGAAGCAGGUUGUACUGUUUUCUUACGACUGAGUAGAGGUGAUGAUCAGAUGGCUGCUUGUGGUCAGCUCGGCAAUCCUGGUACAAUUCAGGCUCCCUUACUCCGUGUACCAGAGCAAUUUCAAAGGGUAAUGGAAGUUUCUGCAUAAUCCUGCGGAUAACCAUGGCAAAGGCUGGUGUUGUAGCUAAUUCUUGCACCAAAGACAAAAAAGAAGGGCUUGUUAGUGAAUCAGAUUACUAGAAUGGUGGAAUGACAUACCCUUUUUGCAUGGUACUUCACAUGUAACAGAACUUGGGGUCUAACUCUCAGGCCUUCUUUUAGCUCCCAAUUUGACUUCCCAUGGUCUCUUGAGCUUACUCUAACUAGCUUCCACAUAUACGGGCAUAGGUCCCAUCAAACACGUGGCUGUUUCUUUUAUUAUUAAUUUUUUACUUCAUACUUUAUAUUUUCA